AUGCAGGCGGCAGGCACGCACCAAAACCAGAGCCGUGCAGCCACAACGCCGGGGUUUGUGGCCAAUCACAGUAUCCAAAACGUCCAAGAGUCGCCUGAUUGGGGUGGUCGUCCGUUUUGGCCCAGUUGGUUAGGGCUGCCGCUGGCUGGCUUGGUCCCUGCCAGUCCUCACAGGGGCACGGUUGUUCCCUUCCUACCUACGUACGAUUAG